AUGCAUACCAUGAAUAUACCCGGAGUCGGAGUCAGCGGAGAAAGUGAUGCUCAGACUUCACUACAAAAGGACUCAACGGUUAUAGUGAGUGAAAGAGUGCACAAUAGGCUCAAUACACACAUCGAAAUCGCAUCUCACAAUCUCCCGGUGCUCUCUGCCAUACCGAUCGACACAGAGUCUAUAACACAACCAAAAACACAUUUAAUGCGGUUUUUGUGCUGUUUUUGCUGGGCGUCCACCCGUCACAUAUUGGCUCUUAAUAAUAGUUUCCUCCAGUUUUGUCAGACAUCACCGCAAACUGUUGUCUCGCCAGACAUUGGCACUGGUAUUGUCUUAUGUAAGGGUUGUCCGCACAAUGCCUUUGAGACAUACAUUCCGUUUGAUGUAAUCGAUGUAUAUGAACGCCAAUCCAUACGACUAUCGCCCGGCAAAGCACUGGUAGGCAUACCAUUAAUAGCCAAAUAUUCAUUCAUCAGAAAUGUCUAUAAUGAGACGGAAUGGCUGGAGACCCAGUUGUCAUUUAAUGGCAAAUCAUUGAUAUACCAAUUAUUAUCGCUACCGGAUGUGAGCACAGCCUACGCAAAUGAAGGCCUCCGUUGGGCGAAACAGCACUACGGCCUAUGCUUUUGGAUGGCACUGGUAAUGCGUAUUACGUGUACACUGACCUGGAUCAUUGACUAUUACGAUCGCCACACUCAAGUUAAUGAUGAUGAGGUACAGUAUUGUGGAAAAGGAUUG